CAGUUCUCUCCACUACCAUAUUCGGGUUUCCAGUUCUGAAACUGCUUUCCUGCAGGACUGCAAAAGCCCUCUUCUCAUGACCUACAGACAGACUGACCCCACACCAUCAUCCUACACCUGCCAGACACUCUUCACGAAGCUGGAGACAAAAUCAGGAAGCGGGAGACCCUUACCUACUCGUGGAUUGGAAGAAGGAGGAGGAAAACCGAAAGUUGCGCUCCACUAGUCAUCUCUCCCAGGGAGCCUUUUUUCUCGUGCAUCCCCAGAGUUUCCGUCACCACCGAAGGGCGGAUCUACAGAACCGCAGCCUCCGAAGGAGAGGCGAGGUCUUGAAGAAAGAAGUCCUGAGUAUCCCAGCCUGGGGCCGAGCGGCGGCGCUUUUCUGCCCACGCUUCUUGGGGCACGGCCACCCCCUUGCACUCCCUGCCGUUCAAGGACGAGAAAGGGGGCACAGAAGAUUGGGCGAGUCCAGCGGUGCACCAUGGGCCGUCGGUGCGCCGUAGCCCUCGCCGUUGUGUCAGCCCUGCUGUGUCAGGUCUGGAGCUCCGGGGUGUUCGAGCUGAAGCUGCAGGAGUUCGUCAACAAGAAGGGGCUGCUGGGAAACCGCAACUGCUGCCGCGGGGGCGCGGGGCCGCCGCCGUGCGCCUGCAGGACCUUCUUCCGCGUGUGCCUCAAGCACUACCAGGCCAGCGUGUCUCCCGAGCCGCCCUGCACCUACGGCAGCGCUGUCACGCCGGUGCUGGGCGUCGACUCCUUCAGCCUGCCCGAUGGAGCCGGCGCCGACCCCGCCUUUAGCAACCCCAUCCGUUUCCCCUUCGGCUUCACCUGGCCGGGCACCUUUUCCCUGAUCAUUGAGGCGCUCCACACAGAUUCUCCUGAUGACCUCACAACAGAAAACCCAGAAAGACUCAUCAGCCGCCUGGCCACGCAGAGGCAUCUGACUGUGGGUGAGGAGUGGUCUCAGGACCUGCACAGCAGCGGCCGAACAGACCUCAAGUACUCCUACCGCUUUGUGUGUGAUGAGCAUUACUACGGGGAGGGCUGCUCUGUCUUCUGCCGGCCCCGAGAUGAUGCCUUUGGCCACUUCACCUGCGGGGAGAGAGGGGAGAAAGUCUGCAACCCUGGCUGGAAAGGCCAGUAUUGCACUGAACCAAUCUGCUUGCCAGGAUGUGAUGAGCAGCAUGGGUUUUGUGACAAGCCAGGGGAAUGCAAGUGCAGAGUGGGCUGGCAGAGCCGCUACUGUGACCAAUGCAUCCGGUACCCAGGCUGUCUCCACGGCACCUGUCAGCAGCCUUGGCAGUGUAACUGCCAGGAGGGCUGGGGCGGCCUCUUCUGCAACCAGGACCUGAACUACUGCACACAUCACAAGCCCUGCAGGAACGGAGCCACCUGCACUAACACAGGCCAGGGCAGCUACACCUGCUCUUGCCGGCCUGGGUACUCAGGGGCCAACUGCGAGACAGAGAUCGAUGAGUGUGGCACCAGCCCCUGCAGGAACGGAGGCAGCUGCACGGAUCUUGAGAAUAGCUACUCUUGCACCUGCCCGCCUGGCUUCUACGGCAGAAUCUGUGAGCUCAGCGCCAUGGCGUGUGCCGACGGCCCUUGCUUCAACGGGGGGCGGUGCUCAGACAACCCCGAGGGAGGCUACACCUGUCGCUGCCCGGUGGGCUUCUCUGGCUUCAACUGUGAGAAGAAGGUGGAUCCCUGCAGCUCUUCACCCUGUUCUAAUGGUGCACAGUGUGUGGACCUUGGCGACGCUUACCUGUGCCGCUGCCAGGCUGGCUUCUCCGGGAGGCACUGUGAAGACAACGUGGACGAUUGUGCCUCCUCCCCAUGUGCCAACGGGGGCACCUGCCGGGACGGUGUGAAUGAGUACUCCUGCACCUGUCCCCCGGGCUACAUAGGCAGGAACUGCAGUGCCCCCGUCAGCAGGUGUGAGCACGCGCCCUGCCACAAUGGGGCCACCUGCCACGAGAGGGACCGGCGCUACCUGUGUGAGUGUGCCCGGGGCUACGGGGGCCCCAACUGCCAGUUCCUGCUGCCGGAGCCCCCCCCCGGCCCGGUGGUGGUGGAUCUCACCGAGAAGUACGUGGAGGGCCAGGCUGGGCCCUUCCCAUGGGUGGCCGUCUGUGCGGGCGUGGUGCUGGUCCUCAUGCUGCUGCUGGGCUGCGCCGCCGUGGUGGUCUGUGGGCGGCUCCGGCUGCAGAAGGACCGGCCCCCUGCGGAGCCCUGCCGUGGGGAGACAGAGACCAUGAACAACCUGGCCAACUGCCAGCGUGAGAAGGACAUCUCCGUUAGCGUCCUUGGCACCACGCAGAUCAAGAACACCAACAAGAAAGUCGACUUCCACGGGGACCACGGGGCUGAUAAGAACGGCCUCAAGGCCCGCUACCCUGCUGUGGAUUAUAACCUGGUGCAGGACCUCAAGGGUGACGCUGCCGCCGCCGUCAGGGACCCUCACAGCAAGCGGGACACCAAGUGCCAGGCCCAGGGCUCUGCAGGGGAGGAGAAGAGUGCCCCAACGCUCAGGGGUGGAGAAGCAUCUGAAAGAAAGAGGCCGGACUCUGUGUAUUCUACUUCAAAAGACACAAAGUACCAGUCAGUGUAUGUCAUCUCCGAGGAGAAGGAUGAGUGUGUCAUAGCGACUGAGGUGUAAAAUGGAAGUGAUAUGGCAAAAUUCCCGUUUCUCUUAAAAAUAAAUAAAAUUCCAAGGAUAUAUGCCCCAAUGGAUGCUGCUUGAAAGAGGAAAGGGAGACCCACGGACUGCUGCUGAGAACCGAUUCGGAUGGAGCCGGUUCCCUCCCGGAGGUCGGCCGGGGACGCGGCGCGGGCUGCAGCUCGGCAGCGUCCAAGGGGGCCUGUUGCACUGCCUUUUAGGAUGUUUCCAUUGCACUAUGGACAGUUGCUUUUUAAAAAAUAUAUAUUUAAAUGAAUGGACAUAAUUACUGCAUAAGAAGCAUGCACUGCCUGAAGUGUAUAUCUUGGAUUCUGAUGAGCCAGUCUUUUCUUGAAUUAGAAUCACAAACACUGCCUUUAUCGUUCUUUUUGAUACUAAAAUGUGUUUUUUCUAGGUGGAAAAAAUGUGUGUUAUUUUUUUGGACUUGUAAAAAUAUUUUUCAUGAUAUCUGUAAAGCUUGAGUAUUUUGUGAUGUUCAUUUUUUAUAAUUUAAAUUUUUGGUAAAUAUGUACAAAGGCACUUCGGGUCUAUGUGACUAUAUUUUUUUGUAUAUAAAUGUAUUUAUGGAAUAUUGUGCAAAUGUUAUUUGAGUUUUUUACUGUUUUGUUAAUGAAGAAAAUCCUUUUUAAAAUAUUUUUCCAAAAUAAAUAUUAUGAAUGACAA